AACUAGUAAGGGCGGAAAAAGAGCUGCUUGUUUGUGUUUUGCUUCCAAAGGGAAGUUGCGAGAAGAAAGGGAGGAAGACGUGACGGCGGUGCAUUUCCCAACUCAUUUCUUCCUCCACGACAGAUGAGCACCGAAUCUGUGCGGAUAUCUGAACACAUUUGACGUUCCAAAGCGUCGUCCUGUUCACAGCGAAGGGUGCCAAUCGCGAGCGUUGCGAUCCGAGAGGCGAAGUCAUGGCCGGCAGGGGCGGGGCGACCAGACCCAGCGGCGCUAACAAGAUCUGCCAGUUUAAGCUGGUGCUGCUGGGCGAGUCGGCCGUGGGCAAGUCUAGCUUGGUGCUGCGCUUCGUCAAGGGACAAUUCCACGAAUUCCAGGAGAGCACAAUUGGAGCGGCCUUCCUCACCCAGACGGUGUGUCUGGACGACACCACGGUCAAAUUUGAGAUUUGGGACACUGCGGGCCAGGAGCGCUACCACAGCCUGGCGCCCAUGUACUACAGAGGCGCGCAGGCCGCCAUCGUAGUCUAUGACAUCACCAACGAGGAGUCUUUUGCCCGGGCAAAGAAUUGGGUGAAGGAGCUGCAGAGGCAAGCCAGCCCGCACAUCGUCAUCGCCUUGUCGGGCAACAAGGCCGACUUGGCCUCGAAGAGGGCGGUCGACUUUCAGGACGCGCAGGCGUACGCCGACGACAACAGCUUGCUUUUCAUGGAGACGUCGGCCAAGACGUCCAUGAACAUCAACGAAAUAUUUCUGGCCAUUGCGAAACGAUUGCCCAAGACGGAGACCCAGUCGGCGGGCGCCAACAGCGGCGGGCGAAACCGCGGCGUGGACCUGGCGGAGGCGGCGCAGCCCGCCAAGGCGCCGUGUUGCAGCAACUAGAGCGCAGCCGAAAGCGGCUCGGAACCUAUCGUCAUGGUAACCCGUACGGAAGCGCUGCGCCUCGUGGCCGAUUGUUGGCGGCGGAGGCGGUGCGGGACAUUUAGGUUGCUUGUGUUGCUCCUUCGUUAAUUAGCUCGACCUAGCGGAGCGUUUAUUAGCGUUUGAUUGGACUAAACGGCACGCGGCCUCACCUCUGCGAUCCUGCUGUUUUUCAAUGUACGGUGGUGCCUUGACUUACAAGUGUGGUCACGGAACAAAUGAAACCAAAACACUCUUGCUAGGAAAAAUAGCAUUCUAUAAUAUUCUUCUUCUUUUCCUUUGGGCUUGUCCCUUUAGGGGUGGCCACAGCGCGUCAUCCUUUUCCAUGUAAGCCCAUCUCCUGCGUCCUCCUCUCGAACGCCAACUUCCAUACCUCCACAGAAAUGUCAUCGGGACCGACUGCCUUUCCAUUUUUCAUCCUCUUUAAUGCCUUUCUAACUUCCCCCUUACUAAUCGUUGCCACUUCCUGGUCCCCCACACUUGCCUCUUCUACUCUCCCUUCUCUCUCAUUUUCCUCAUUCAUCAACUCCUCGAAGUAUUCUUUCCAUCUAUCGAGCACACUACUUGCACCAGUCAACAUAUUUCCAUCUGUGUCCUUAAGCACCCUAACCUGCUGCACAUCCUUCCCAUCUCUAUCCCUCUGUCUGGCCAGCCUGUAUAUAUCCUAUUUCUCCUUCUUUAGUGUCCAACCUGCCAUACAUGUCAUCAUAUGCCUCUUGUUUGGCCUCAACCUUUCUCCUAAUCAUCAUGUCAACCAACUCCCGAGAUUUUCCUGUCAUAGUCCCAACAUUCAAAGUCCCCAGAUUCAGUUCUAGGCUCUGUGCUUUCCUCUUCUCUUUCUGCCGAAGAACCAGCUUUCCACCUCUUCUUCUUCUUUGACUUCGACCCACAGUAGCUGAAUUUCCAGCGGCGCCCCGCAGGUUGACUGCGCCGGUGGCGGACUGUUGUUAACCCGGGCCACGACCGAUCCGGUAUGGAAUUGUUUGCCAAAGUUUUAAGCCGGAUGCCCUACCUGACGCAACCCUCUGCAUUUAUCCGGACUUGGGACCGGCCUACAGUUUGCACUGGCUUGUGCCCCCCAUAGGGCUUCAUUAGCAUUCUAGAAUAUUAUACGUUAUAAAAACAUUCAAUAAAAAAGACAAUUUAUUAGAAAGUAAAUCAUUUGUGCAUCUUGAAAAUUCAAUGGCCAUUGUGCUGCUCCUUCCGGUGUGUGCACCUUGGCCACCAGGAAGCGGUAUAAUACAUACAUAAUAAGUACACGAACAAGAGGGCCACAACCGCUCAGUAAGCUGCAGUAAUAUUAGUCGAUUUUUGCGUUGAAUAAAGAAUGCAUAUGCAUUACCGCGACCUUGAUGAUAGUUUAAUUAGCCCAUAAAUGGUGUUUUGCAUUGUGUGUUAGCAUUUAGCUAAUGGACCUUUGUAAGACAAAGUCAGUGGGGUUUGGUUUGGCCUCUUAUUGGAGGAAUUGUUCACUAUCUGCCAAACUGCGGCUUGUUGUCAAGUCAGGCUAGCUAGCAAUCGUAACGCAAGACAAAAACAAAAAGAAAAAUCAUAAAAGCAAUCGCUCGUAGCGCAAAAAAAUGAUAAGUCUGGUCACUUGUAAAUCAAGGCAGCACUGGAUGAUGAUUGUCUGCUCUGCAGUCAAAUUGCGCACACGCAACUCGUAGAGGAGCAUUUGCUGCCCCCCGGUGGCUGCGCGACGCACCUGCGAGAACCAAAAAAAGCCUCGACUUGUACGGGACAUUUUGGACUGUGGCUUUGUGCUACCUUUUUGGCUUCGUUGCAGACUAUUUCUUCCCGCUCACCGGACCCGCCGCAACACCUGCGACGACAAUUUACGAUAUUCUGAAAACAGCAACGAAAAUUUGUAAUCUGUCGCUUCGCAUCGGCUCCAUUAGAAAGUGCUUUGACCGUCAGAGGUGCCCAUUUUUUUUUUUUUUCAUAUUUAUAUACGUUAUGUACCACUUUUUACAUGCCUUGCACUAAUGACUCACAAGUAUAUAUCAUCGUGUCCUAAUCACAGCCAGUGUGUUAUAAAUACAUAUAAAUAUAUAAAUAAUAUACUGUAAAUAGGGUGUUGUCGAUUUAGCAGUCAAGCGAUUAAAAAAAAAAAAAAGUUACUAUAUGCAGGGGUUUUUCUUCUCAUUGGUGGUCUUUUCUUAAUGUAUGUGGUGUCAUUAGCCCUGCUGUUUAAAAAAAACAAUAAAAUAAUCAUUUUCAUCUUAAAAGUCUACUCAACAUAUACAAUGAAAACGGUUCAUAUCAAGCAUUUGCAAAUUAAACAUAACGAAAUUCACUUUUCAAAUUAAGACUUUAAUCUCAUGGAGACUUUUUUCUUGACAUUGUUGUUUUAUAGUCCCAUUAAAUUACAAUUGUAAUUUUAUACUAAUCUGACUUUUUUCCUAGAAAAACCUGCCAACUAUUUUUUUUCAGAAAAAAACACUGCCUGGAAAAAAAAAAUCUAUAAAAAAUGUGGACAUUUUCACCCCCAAAAAUAACUUUUUCACUGGAGGAAAUUAAAAUGAAAUUAGAAAAAGCUUUGUUUUGUUGAGUCUGCAUGCAUUUCACGCUAGUUUUAACAAACUGAAAGUGAUUCAAAAUUCAUUUAAAUUCAUACAUUUUGUCUGAAAUAUAACCUUCCUCUAAAUUUGACCUCUUUCAACAGGAAAAAAAAUAACUUUUCUCUUAGUGACUCCACAUUUUCUCAUUGAAUUCCAACUUUAUUCUUUAUUUUACAUUUAUUUUAUAGUGGAAAUACAAGCAAACAUUUUUCUUGAAUUAUCGUUUAUAUCGUAAUUACGAUUUUCCUUCUUUAAAAAUACUUUAUGAUCCAAAAAAUUCUAAAAACAUUUUUUUGUAAAAAAAACAUUUUAAAAAUGUUUUUAAAAUACAGUUGCUCUUAAAAGAUGUAGAUAUGUAACUUAUUUUAA